UUAAGUUGUAAGAUCAUUGAUCAGAUGUGUUUUCGGUUUUCGUUGUUUGGUGCUUGUAGAUCGAUGUGAUUAUGGCUGCGGGUCCAAUUGCUGAACGUAAUCAAGAUGCUACCAUAUAUGUUGGCGGGUUGGACGAGAAAGUUACAGAAGCCCUUAUGUGGGAACUCUUUGUUCAAUCGGGGCCAGUUGUCAAUGUUCACAUGCCGAAAGAUCGUGUCACACAGAUGCAUCAAGGGUAUGGAUUUGUCGAAUUUAUGGGGGAGGAGGAUGCAGACUAUGCUAUUAAAAUAAUGAAUAUGAUCAAACUUUAUGGUAAGCCGAUUCGUGUGAACAAGGCAUCAGCUCAUCAGAAGAAUCUCGAUGUCGGAGCUAACAUCUUUAUCGGCAAUCUUGAUCCAGAAGUUGACGAGAAGCUAUUAUAUGAUACAUUUUCAGCUUUUGGAGUUAUUCUGCAAACACCGAAGAUCAUGCGUGAUCCAGAAACCGGCAACUCCAAAGGCUUUGCUUUUAUUAACUUUGCCAGUUUCGAUGCUUCAGAUGCAGCAAUUGAAGCAAUGAAUGGACAAUAUUUGUGUAACAGACCUAUUUCGGUGUCUUAUGCAUUUAAGAAAGAUGCAAAAGGAGAACGACAUGGGUCAGCUGCUGAGCGCCUCCUAGCUGCACAGAAUCCACUGUCUCAGGCAGAUCGGCCCCAUCAGCUGUUUGCAGAUGCUCCACCUCCAAUACCACCACCACCUGCGCCAAUGCCUCCGCAGCAGCUGCCUCCUGUCCCUGUGCCACCUGUUCCAGUAAUGAUGGGCGCUAUGCCUCCCCCACCUCCUCAGAUGGCUCAUAUGCAUCCUAUGCAUGCUCCUCCUCCACCACCUCCUACAUCCAUGCCUGUUGCUGUUCCAAGACAUCCUCCUCCACCACCACCCAUACCACCUCAGCACCCACCACCAAUGCCACCAGGUGUGCCUCCACCUCCUCCAGUGCCUCCUAUGAGCAGGGCAGCACCACCCCCACCAGUGCCACCACCCCCACAUGUUGCUGCUUCCGUUGCUAGUGGUCUACCUCAGAUGCCACCACCAGUCUCAAUGCCACCUCCACCACCACAACAGCCUCCUCCUCCACAGCAACAGCAGCAACCACAACAAGCACAGCAGCAGGUGCCUUCGAUACCACCACCACCACAAGCCCCACCACCACCAAGAAUGAUGCCACCUCCAUGGCAAGGUCAACAAUUUCCUCCACCACCACCAACUCAGUUUACACCUGGUCAGUUUCCUCCUCCGCCUCCACAUGGUGCACCACCACCAGGUUGGCGGCCACCACCACCUGUUCGUCCUCCAUUUGGACGUCCACCAUUUCCACCAAGAGGUCCACCUCCACCACCUCGUGGACUGAGACCUCCACCACCACCGCAACCAGGACAACAACCUGAUGCUAGUGCUGCAUAUAAUGGUUACCAGGAUCAGACAGGAAACUUCCAGAAUGGAUAUUCCAAUUAACUUCUACAGUUAAUUAUUUGUGUGAGUGACUUGGUGCACUGUGAACUACAGAUUUACAAUAAAUAGUACCACAGUGUGAAAACCCUGUGAAGAUUGUGAUUUUUUUAAAAUCUGUGACUAUGAAUAAUUUGCAAGGGAAGCAAGUGUCUAUUAUAAACCUCUUGUUUGUGUUUGUUUACAUACACUAUUGUACUGUGACAUGGACAUUUAGUUAAAUUGAAAUGCUUGAGAAUUGAUGUUAUUCUAUUUGCAAAUUGUAAUAUUGUUGCUGUGUGCUUACAUUUUUGACUUUUGUACCUUUAUUUUGAGGACAAUUUUAAUUCUGAGUGAAACUGGUGGAAAUGAACAAUUCUAGUGUGUGUUAGACUGACUUUAAACAAAUAUUGUUUCUAUUUGGAAAUGGCCAAACAACUUUUGUGUAUGGAACAAAUUAUAAGAUAAAUUAGGUAUGUUGUAACAUAUUUUCUUAUUAAUUUGUUGGCCCAUUACAGCAAUAUAUUUCAUCUGCCAUACUUGCAACAUUGAAAAGACAAUAGAUAUAUUGACUAGGGCCUAUUUGUUCCUUUCGUUGCAUUAUAUAAUUUAUUUUUAACCGAAACAGAUGAGAUUUGUGUUUCUUUCCUUGUUUUGAAAGGUGUUUGUUCCCAUUUAAUCAACCUUGUGUUAAAUUUAAACUCAUGGUUCACUGCAGUUAACAGCUGUCAUUGUCAUCAUUAAAAAUUUGGGAUAUUUGAUUUUGAGAUUAUGGUUUGCUUCAAUGGUGCUAUGAUAUUUACCUUCACGUGUAAUUUUCACAGUUAAUUCAUUCAGGAUUAAAUGAGCCACAUUUUUAUGCUUUGUAGGGGAGAGUGUUGAGACUUGUUCCCUUUUUUACAUUUUACUUUUUAAAACAGCAGG